CUGUUCCGUUUCCAAGAGCAACAGACGGCCAAACUCGACACAGCUAACCCAACAGCUCCCGGCUAACCGGCUAACAUUCACCCAAACACUCAGUAAACACAGAGACAGAUAGCACUGACCGAUCUAGUGCUGGGUUUAGAGCUCCGUGCCUUUCUGUACUUCUGUUCCUUUAGAUUAUUUUACAUUCUUAGGCCUUUAUAUUCUGAGUUUCCCUGAGCAACACAGCCGCUGUUCAUCCUGCUGUAAUGGCUGAUUUUGGGUUUAACGAGCACCACCAGAAUGAGGUAAUAAACUACAUGCGCUUUGCUCGUUCAAAGAGGCUUCUGAGACUCAAGACUAUUGACUCCUGUUUUCAGGACCUCAAAGACAGCAGGCUUGUAGAGGAGACGUUCACAGUGGACGAGGUGACUGACAUGCUGGAUGGUCUGCAGGUGGUGGUUCGUGGGGAAGUGGAGAUGGAGCUGAUUAACACGGCACACACCAACGUGCUGCUGCUGCGCCAGCUUUUCUCCCAGGCUGAGAAGUUCUACCUUCGGCUGCAGACUGAUAUCUCUGAGUUGGAGAACAGAGAAUUACUAGAGCAAGUAGCAGAGUUUGAAAAAACUGACUUCAAAUCCAACAGUAAGGGAAACCAGGAAUCCAGUAAACCUAAGUUAGCCCCACUAAAUGAGGGAGGAGUGUCUGAGCUACUGAACAAGGAGAUUUCUAGACUUCAGGAGGAGAAUGAUAAGCUGAGGACGAGGCUACGCACUUUGGAAAGCCAGGCCAUGAGUGCUCUGGAUGAGCGGUCCAAGGCUGAGAGGGCCCUGAAGGACCUUCAGAAGAUCCAGGGAGAUCAACAGCGUGCAUUGUGCGCUCAGGAGCUCUCCAAUCUGGAGGACACAGUGGCAGCCAUGCAGGCCGACUUUGAGAAAUCACUGAACGCCAACGUAGCCUCACAGAAGGAGCUACAGGACAACCUGGUUUCAGCUAAACACGACCUGCUUCGGGUUCAGGAGCAGCUUUCUCUCGCUGAGAAGGAGUUAGAAAAGAAGUUUCAGCAGACGGCUGCAUAUCGGAACAUGAAGGAAAUCCUAAGUAAGAAGAAUGACCAGAUUAAGGAUCUCAGAAAAAGACUACAGAGAUAUGAGUCGGAUGAGUGAAGUCUUCCCCCAUAGAAAACUUCAACCAAGUGCAACGAGGGACUAUAAUGGACACAAAAGGAGCUAGAGUCAGUUUUGUAAUUGAUGCUAUACCGCUAUAUUGGCAAGGGACCAAAGAAUGAAACACAAGACGGACUAACGGGGACUUUUUUUGGAAUUGCUGACACUCUUUAAGUUCCUCUUCAGCAAAAUCUACCUUCUCAUAAGGCUUUAAACCUAUUAGCAGAUAUGAUGUUUUUCACAGUGGUUAGGAAUAUUACUCAGAGUGCUGUGAAAAAAAAAUAUUUGCCCAAUUUUUGGUUUCGUGUUUUGCUUUGCAUAUUUGUCAACGUGACUGGUUUAAAAUCUCCUGAAAGGAACCUUGGCAAAAACAUUUUUUGUUUGUUUAUCUAACAUGCAUGUCACUUACCCAUGAGAAAAACAAAAAUGGCCCUCAGACAUGACAAUGAUUAAUCAAAGAAAUUUUUAUCUGUAACAAGGUUUAGCUGAUUGACGAUGAGCCAACCAUGCUGAACAUAAAGCUAAUUUGUAGAGGUUUUUCAUUACUUUAGAGUGAAAUGGCCACCAUUUUUUUAUAAGCAAGCAUAGCCAAGCAUAAAACACAUAAAGAUAAAGCUAUUUAAAUAUAUUAGUCUGAAAUGAGUUAAAACAACAUUUAGUGCUUUACCAAAGCUUUUAUCUCUAAACUGAGAGCCCUAGAAACAGUUGUGAAUCCUUCAGAGUGGCCAGUCAGGCAUUAUGUUCCCAAGGGUUAAUAAGCCAGCAAUUCAUGAAGAAAGUCACUGAUGGUUCCAGGGGAACAUCCAAGAACUGCAGAUCUUUUCAGCCUCAGCUUAGCAGAAAACAAAAUUAGACUCUUUAUUUGUGUGGUAUAUACAUGAUCUGAACUUGUCCUGGUAAACAUUUGUGAAAUCCUGACAAAAACAGCAAAAAGUGCUGUUGCAGGGCCUUAACAAAGCAGUUCAGGUUUGAAAACUAACCAUUAUAUUUGAAUUUAAAGCAGUUUUGAGAAGAAAAGACUGCUCAAAUUGCUUUACCACAAUAUGAAAGCCUGAUAAAAUUAUAGUCAAUGGAUGGCUGCAGUUUUUGUCGCUAAAGUUUAUGCCCCAAAUGUGAUUUGCUAGAUUUAUCACUUCAUAAAUAAAUGAAAUAUCAAUUUUCAAUGUUUUUGCUUUGGUAAGGAUUCAUUUUUCCCAGUGAUCUAUUCAGUUGGAAGAUCUAAAAGCAUUCACUUUUACAAAUAUGCUUUAAUGGGUAAAAUGCAUACAAAGCCACUUUUUUUUUUCGUAUACCUCUUUGGUUGCAUUUAUAAUCACUGCAGCUUGACAUUCAUAAAAUUGUGCAGCUUUUAUUAGUACUUUGAUAUUUUGCACAAGUGUUGUGCAUAAUUAGCUGGAGAGGAUUUUUUUCUUGCCUAAGUCCCCUGUGUCCAUAUGGUUUCUUAUUUUCAUUCUUCUUGUUUUUAAAAUCCAUAUUUAUGCAUUAGGUACACAGCGACAGUAGCUAGUGACAAUAAUUCAUAUAGUCCUAACGGAGAGAGUAGCAUAGUAGAACUACAUUAAUUGAGCAUUUUAAUGUUUAUCCGUUUUUGCUUUUGUUUAUUUCUGUAUUUAUUUUGUGCUUUAUUUUGCUAACUGUAGUUGAACAUUUUGCAGCAUUAAUAAGUCAUUUCUUUUUUGUUUUAUGCCUCAUGUUACAAAUUUAUAACAUAUGUUGCAUUUCACAACUUAAUCUGAAUGUACUUUUCUACUCAACAUUAUUUGCAGACCAGUUAGAAUGUCCAGUGUAGAAAAGUAUAGAAAAGACACUUUAAGAUAUUUCCUGUGUUGCACAAUCCACUAGAUGCUCUAGCCCUAAUCUAUUUUUGUAAGACUUCCAUCCAUUUACACCUUUCAGAAGCUCUGACUGACUGUAUUUAUGAAGUAGCCACCUGAGGUUGUGUGUGUGCAUAUGUGUGUGUGUGUAUGUGUUACCGUAAUGGUAGUGAUGAUGUAAUGGUACUGUAUGUUUGUGGUGCUGGUGGUGAAUUCAUAAAGCAUUACAGCACAGCUGCUUUUGUUUCUCAGCUGUUGAUAACGUUCUAUAUGAAACUCUGUUACUGAUCAGUUCUAUCUCUGCUAUAUAGGAUUUUACUGUGUCAAAUGCAGUGUCAUCCAUAAUAAACCAUUUCAGUCAGUAUAAA